AUGCUGAGUCAUCAGUCCACUCGGUCAUCCCAGGCCAGCAAGGGCUUCAGUGGAUGCUCUGCCACAGUCUCUAGCCAGAGCCACACCAGCUCUAGGAGAUCCAAAUCAGUCUCCCGAUCAGGAGGGAUGAGCAUGGCCACUGCCUGUGCCAUGAUGGGUGGAGGCUUUGGCAGCAGAAGCAUGUAUAACCUGGGAGGAAACAAGAAGAUCUCUUGUAGUGUGGCUGGGCCCAGCUUCUGUGGUGGCCAGAGUGGUGGCUUUGGUGGAAAAGGAAUGGGCAGCGGUUUUGGAGGAGGAUCCUAUAGCUUCGGAGGUAAAACUGGUGGCUUUGGAGGAGGAUUCAGUGGUAUCAGAGGUGGAUCCAGUGGUCUUGGUUGUUCUGGGAGUUUUCCUCUUGGUAUUCAAGAAGUGACCAUCAAUCAGAGUCUCCUGCAGCCCCUCAACGUGAAGCUUGACCCCCAGAUUGGGGUGGUAAAGACCCAAGAAAAAGAGCAGAUUAAAACCCUCAAUAACAAAUUUGCCACUUUCAUCGACAAGGUUCGGUUCUUGGAGCAACAGAACAAGGUCCUAGAGACCAAGUGGUGCUUCCUACAGCAGCAGACAGAGAGCUCCAGCUCCAGUUCCAAUAACUUGCAGCCAUUUUUUGAGUCCUACAUCAACUGCCUCCAGUCCCACCUGGAUGGACUGCUCAGGGAGAGAAGCAGCCUAGAGGGAGAACUGAAUACUGUGCAGAACCUGGUGGAAGAAUACAAGAAAAAGUAUGAAGAUGAGAUUAAUAAGCGAACCACAGCUGAGAAUGAUUUUGUGGUGCUGAAAAAGGAUGUGGAUUCUUCCUACAUGACAAAAGUGGACCUGGAGGCCAAAGCGGAGAGCCUGUCAGAUGAGAUCAACUUCCUGAAGGCUCUCUAUGAAGCUGAGUAUGCCAAGGUGUUGUCAGAAACAAGUGACACAUCUGUGAUUGUCUCCAUGGACAACAACCGAAACCUGGAUCCGGACAGCAUCAUUGCCGAGGCCAAAGCUGUGUUUGAGGAGAUGGCUCAAAAAAGCAAGAUGGAUGCUGAGGCCCUAUACCAGACUAAGCUUGGGGAGCUGGAGAUCACAGCUGGCAAGCAUGGGGAUGACCUGCGGAGCACCAAGAGUGAGAUUGUUGAGCUCAACAGGAUGAUCCAGAGACUGCAGGCUCAGAUAGAAAGUGUCAAGAAGCAGAACACCAACCUGCAGACGGCCAUUGCUGAUGCUGAACAGCGUGGGGAACUUGCUCUCAAGGAUGCCCAGGCCAAGCUGGCUGAGCUCAAGGAAGCCUUGCAGCAAGCUAAGGAGGACCUGGCCCACCUACUCCAGGAAUACCAGGAGCUGAUGAACAUCAAGCUGGGCCUGGACAUUGAGAUUGCCACCUACAGGAAGCUCCUGGAAAGUGAGGAGUGCAGAAUGUCUGGGGAGUGCCAAAACACUGUGUGUAUUUCUGUGGUCAGCAACACUAGCACCAGCACUGCUUCUGGAGGCCAUUCCAGUGGAGGCAGCAGAGGUGGACAGAGCACUGGAGGGAGCACCAUUUCAGGCUCUGGUUCCAGCAACUGUGGAGGCCAGAACUCCCAGACUGGAAGCAGAAGAGUCACCAUUGGCCAGAGUUCUGGAGGGAGUGGCAGCUCAUCUUCAACCAGGAUUGUCCAGACCACCAUCAGCAGCGGCCAACGCUCCACAACCAAGUAUUAA